AUGGAUGUGGCUGGCGUGGCUGAUGUGGCUCACGUAGUUGAUGUGGCUCAUGUGUCACACCAGCCGCGUAAACCCUGUGAGCCACAUGAGCCACGUCAACUACGUGAGUCACGUGAACCACGCCUGUCCCGUGAGCCACGUGAACCACGCCUGCCACGUGAGCCACAUGAACCACGCCUGCCACGUGAGCCGCGUGAACCACGCCUGCCCCGUGAGCCGCGGGAACCACGUCUGACACGUGAGCCGCGUGAACCACGCAUGCCCCGUGAGCCACGUGAGCCGCGUGAACCACACCUGCCACGUGAGUCGCGUGAACCACGCCUGCCACGUGAGCCGUGUGAACCACGCCUGCCACGUGAGCCACGUCAGCCACGUUCAUGUUUCACACUUUUCUUAAUGACCUUAUUUAAGCCAAGCACUUCAUUAUUAGGCACUUUAUAG